AUGCAUCGAUACUUAAUCCUGUUAUUCAUAUUUUUCGCGUUUUUGGCAACUUUUCAUAAUCUUGUCGAAGCCAGAGAGCCUCCCAACGAUUUGCAAAUUGGUAUUAAGCACCGAGUUCCUGAAGGUCAAUGUAACAAGAAGACGAAAGAUGGGGAUUCGAUAUCCGUUCAUUACACGGGAGUUUUAUUUGAUGGCGGGAAAGAAUUUGAUUCCAGCAUUCCUCGGGGUGAACCCUUUACUUUUACUCUGGGAAUCGGGCAAGUUAUCAAAGGAUGGGAUAAAGGUUUGAGAGGUAUGUGCAUUGGUGAAAAACGGAAAUUAAUCAUUCCAUCUCACCUUGCCUAUGGAGCAACAGGUAGUCCUCCAGUUAUUCCCGCAAAUGCCGCACUUGUGUUCGAGGUAGAAUUGGUUGCAAUCGGAAAAAAUCGUGUGGAACUUUGA